GUAAAUUGGAUGAUUGAGAAUAUCUUUUAAUUUCUUUUUAAGCCUCAAUGGUAUUUAUGAAGCUUUUUAAUAGUUCAAGUGUUUUUCUUUUUUUUUUUUUCUUUUUUAAUUUACCCUAAAAUCAUUGAAGAAGAUGACAGGCUGGGAACAGUAAAGAACGGUGCGCUUAAUUGGAACACUACCGGCGUAAUAAGAAGAUGACCGGCUCGCCGUCCAACGGUAACAUUAUUGACGGCAGAAUGAUAUAGGGAACAAGAAGAUGACCGGUUCGGCGUUAAACGGUAAGAAUAUUAACAGCAGAAUUUUAAAGAUCACAGGAAGAUGACCGGCUCGCCGUUAAAUGGUAAGAGUGUUUCGGCAGCAUUUUAAAGCUCAUAAGGAGUUGACUGGGAAUUUUGAAAAAUAAAAGGAAGAUCGGGGCAUGAACAACGGUAAAGUUCCAAAACCAUAAAGAAGUCAGAUCACUCCUGUUUUCUCUGUUCUUCUCAUUCCCUCUACAAUUGCUCAAAACUUGCUAAGCCAUUGGAGUUUCCUUCGUUUUGCAUUGUUGAGAAGAGCGAUGGGGAGAGGAAUAUUAAGUCUUAAGCUCAUUCCCAAUCCCAAAAGUCGAAGAACAACCUUUCUUAAGAGGAAGAAAAGUCUGAUUAAGAAGGCCUACGAGCUUUCCACCCUUUGCGAUGUUCAAACUUGCCUUUUCAUUGCUUCUGACUGUGACCCCUCCACUCACUUCGAAACUUGGCCUCCCAAUCAUCACCAAAUCCACCAGAUGAUCCGUUCUUAUAAAUCCCACUCUUUCACCAAACCCAACUCCUCUUAUGAUCUUAACCGCUUCUUCUCUGAUCGCAAGAACAAAAUCCUAACUAACACAUCUAAACUUCUCCACAAUGUUGUGGAUCACCAAUCCGAACAUCAAUUGAUGGAGUUGUUGGAUGCUUUGGAUUCCAAGAUUAGAGUUGCAAACGACAUGAUUGAGUUCAUGGAGGCCGAUUAUGAUCACUUGAUUGACCAAGCAAUUGGCAUGGAUACACCUCCUUCCCAAACAGAGGAUGAGGAAACCACUCAAUUUAACGUUUCAGACCUUUUUAAUGAGCCAGAUGAGUUUGAAGAAUACAACGUCGAGGGUUUCCAAUCUCUGCUUGAGGACAAGUUUCUGGAAACUCUGGUUCAGAACAAUCCCAUUCCAGACUUUGAUUUUGAUUUUGAUUACUAAUUAAUUCAUUACGUAGUUUCUUCAUGAGAGUUUUCUCGCUCUCUCUCUUCUUCUAUCAGUAAAUGUAUUGACUUUGCAUAAUGAAAAGCAAGUUUUAGUUUUCUAUCUAA